AUGACUGCUCCUCUCCUGUCCCUCCUCCCCUUCCGCCUCCUGCUCCUGCUCCUCCUGCUCCUCCUGUUCCUUCCUCAGUCCGGCAGCAUAGAGCCCCUUCUAUCUGACUCGCUGCUGCACCAAGUGGCUGCUGACGGCAAGGUCGAGCAUGCACGUGAGCUGCUGUUCUCUUCCCCCCAUCUUGUCAAUGCCGAAGAUGCUUUGUCGCAGACACCAUUGCAUGCAGUUUGCUACAUCUCUCCUUGUCAAUCUGCCAAGACGCUCUCGGGCAGGCAGCAGUGUGAGGAGUCUCACCGAGCAAGGAGACUAGAGAUGGCGGAGUUGCUGAUCCAACAUGGAGCCGACGUGAACGCUAUGGACGAGGAAGGAAAGACUGCGCUACACUAUGCUUCCAUGUCAGGUCUCCUUGACGUCUGUGGGGUUCUGAUGCGAGCAGGAGGGGAGACAUGGCAAGAGAACUCCUUGGUCGAUGGGGAACACGUGGAAUCCGUGCUUGUAUUGCUAGCAAACGGAGCAGAUCCUGACAUCCAAGACAAGCUGGGCAUGACGAGCUUACUCCUCGCCAACUCCACGCAAGGAAAGCAGAGGCAUCGGCUCUUGAAGCCUUCAAGGCAGAGGCACGUGCUGGAGAGCAAAGUGAAGAUGAUGGACGGAGAUUCCUGCAUGGGUGAGGAUUGCGGGCCAAACACUGCCGAUGUCGCUGCGGUACAGGGCGCGCAAGCUGGAUCGAUCUUGGCUGCCGAUGCUACUGAAGCCUCUAUCGCAUCCGAUGCAGCGGCAGCAGCCAGCACGGCAACAGAGCUGAUCCCUCUGGUCCUUCUCCGACAGACCAAGAAGCCCGUACGCGCACAGAUGAAGCAGCAGAAGUUGCAGCAGCGAGUGCUGGACGCGCCAUACCGCUUGGCUGGGUACAGUGUAGCCGAUUACAAUCCAAGUGCGCCGUCAGCAGAUCCAUGGUCUGGUGCUGCUGCACUACCUGCCUCGGGUUUCCCUCACAAGUGUCGCAGAAAUCCCGAGAUGGUAUCGGUCCCAGCGGUCGAGAAGACUGCAUCCAGCCAAGAUGAGGAUAAGAAAUCUCUUAGAUUUGGCCAAGCCCCCAAACAUGCACGACUUUCGCUCCGCGAGCGGAUCGCACUGAACCGUUUCCGAAAGGAAGAGCAACUCAAAGCUGAGCAGAUGCGAAGACACGAGAGGCUCGUACACACCAUCGAUCACUUGAUUUAG